AUGAAAACCAAAUCCAAAGACACAAAUUCCUUAUGGAAAUGGAAAGGAAACAUGAAGAAGAAAAAGAAUGUCAAGCAAUUUCCAGUGUCAGAGUUCCUCCGUGAAAGCCGCCAGAAAGUGGGGGAGAAUGUGUUAGGCCCUGGAUGUGGUGCUGGGAUUGGUUGUGGCAUUGGAGUUGGGUUUGGUUUGGUUGGGGGAGUUGGGUAUGGUGGGUGGCCUUGGAACCAUUUGAAGCUUGUGUUUGGGGUUGGAGCUGGUUGUGGGGUUGGAAUUGGGUUUGGAUUUGGACAAGGUAUUGGAUAUGGUUUUAGUUUGGAAUCUUUGGAAUCCUACUUGUCCGGGGAUAGUUCAAAUUCCAAUAGAAAAUUUUUAAUUUCCUAG